AUGGAGUUGACACCUGCCCACUUCAAGAUCCUUGGAGAGUUGCAAGCUCGCAUCCACCAAGCCGCCGAUCAAUUUACUAAUCCUAACAAUCAUCAUCGGUACCAACAGGAUGUUUCGACAUAUCUUCUCGAUGAACCGCUCAAAACACUGGAACGAGAACUAUCCAGGUACAAUAUGCAGCAGCAGAUGGACUUUUUUAAGCCAACUGCUCAAGCCAUCCGCGACAAGGUGGCGAAACUACCAAAAGAGAAGCCAUACUAUGGUUUGAAUCAUGGCGACUUGCAUCCUGGUAAUAUGUUUUGGGAUGAUGCCACGCAGACGUUUACUGUUAUCGAUUGGGAUCAUUCGGCCUAUGGAUGGCGUGUCUAUGAUUCCGCAUCUAUGGAAAAGGAAGCGAUACCUCUGUUUAGGUUGCUCAGAGACAUUUGGGACUUUGGUGAUAUUCUCGCGUUUCAACCCUUGUGGGGAGAUGAUAAUGCCAGUGAUAAAAAUAGGAAGGAAGAGCUCCGUGGCUACCUCGAUCGGCUUCGUCGGGUUGCCACAGCUUUCGAAGAGCAGUACGGUGAUGGCAAAGCGGCAGUAAAUCAGGCGAACACGUUCUGA